GAGAGAGAGAGAGAGAGAGAGAGAGAGAGAGAGAGAGAGAGAGAGAGAGAGAGAGAGAGAGAGAGAGAGAGAGAGAGAGAGAGAGAGAGAGAGAGAGAGACAGAGAGAGAGAGGGAGAGAGAGACAGAGAGAGAGAGAGAGAGAGAGAGAGAGAGAGAGAGAGAGAGAGAGAGAGAGAGAGAGAGAGAGAGAGAGACAGAGAGGCUAUUUCGCGGCACACAGCGAGGUACAGCAUGCGCUGACAUUCGCGCGGCUAACGAGUGGACGCGGGGAACCUUAUUCGGGAAUGAUAGAGACCGAAGAUGCAGCGGAACCGGGGGAUACUGUUUUCGCACGUGUGCUGCAGCACUCUGCUGUGCUUCUGGAUCGCCGUGUGCCGGAGCGUGGUGCUAGUUGAGGGCUCUCCGCAAGGAAUCCCUCUCUCAGUCGUGAAGCUCUGGGCGUCCGCAUUCGGGGGCGAAAUUAAAUCUCUCUCUGCAAAGUACUCUGGUUCCCAGCUCUUACAGAAGAAAUAUAAAGAAUUUGAAAAGUCUGUCAGAGUUGAAGAAAUUGAUGGAGUAAAACUAGUCAAGAACUUGGCUGUGAAGAUGGAGGAAAUGUUCAGGAAAAAAGCAGAGGCCACAAGGCGGCUCGUGGAGGCAGCAGAGGAAGCCCACCACCAGCACGAGGAGAACCCGGACCUGGAGUACGAGUACUUCAACGCGGUGCUGAUCAACAAGCUGGUGGGCGGGAAGCACGUGGAGCUGGGCGGGGAGUUCCUCCUGGAGGAGAACGCGCACUUUGACAACCUGCCGGUCAACCUGAGCCUCAGCGUGGUGCAGGUGCCCACCAACAUGUACAACAAGGGCUUCUGCUGGCUCCGAGGAGAGAGGGAGGCGGUACGCAUCUUCCCCUACCUGAUUGGCCGGGAGUCUGCGUUCGCAGAUAACCUCAAAUGGAUGGCCUGCGCUAACAAAGGGUACUUCAGUCAGAUCUCUACCUUAGCUGACGUCCAGGAGAACGUCAUGAGGUACCUGCAUGUGAUGAGUCGGCCCAAAGUCAUCGACCACGAGCACGACACCGUCUGGACAGAGGCCUACGUUGACAGUGCACUCUCCCAGGCUUAUCGGCUGAAAGACAAGCGGGCCCCCAGCAUGAUGACCACCGUGGCCAUGCCCGUCUUCAGCACCAAGAACGAGACGAGGAACCAGGGCAUCCUGCUGGGAGUGGCGGGAACAGACAUCCCUCUGCAGGAGCUCAUGAAGAUCAUCCCCAAGCAUAUGCUCGGGAUCCACGGCUACGCGUUCGCCGUCACCAACAACGGCUACAUCCUGACGCACCCUGACCUCCGACCAAUGUACCAGCAAGGCAAGAAGAGGAGGAAGCCCAACUACAGCAGCGUGGAUCUCUCCGAGGUGGAAUGGGAAGACAAGGACGACAUUCUACGGAACGCGAUGGUGAACAGAAGGACGGGGACUUUUUCAAUGGAGGUGAAGAGGACCGUGGAUAAAGGGAAGCGUGUCCUCAAGAUGCACAAUGAAUAUUACUACACCGACAUUAAAGGAACUCCAUUCAGCGUCGGAGUGGCGCUUUCCCGAGGCCACGGGAAGUACUUCUUCAGGGGCAACGUGUCCGUCGAAGCCGGGCUCCAUGAUCUGGAACAGCCAGAUGUUGCGCUGGCAGAUGAAUGGACCUACUGCAACACAGACGAGCACCUGGAACACCGGCCCCUCACCCAGAUCCAGGCCAUCAGGCUCUUCCUGACCGGCCGGCAGCCCCACCUGAAAUGCGACCGGGAGCUGAUCCAGGAGGUGUUGUUCGACGCGGUGAUCACUGCUCCUCUGGAGGCCUACUGGACCGGGCUCGCCCUCAAUAAGUCAGAGAACUCGGACAAAGGCGUGGAGAUCGCCUACUUAGGAACACGCACCGGCCUCUCCAGAACCAACCUGUUUGUGGUUCCUGAGCUGCUGUCCAAUCAAGACUUCCUGACAGCCGAGGACAAGGAAGGUGUAUUUAACGCAGACCACUUCCCACUGUGGUACAAGAGAGCCGCAGAGCAGGUCCCGGGAACCUUCGUCUACUCUGUUCCGUUCAGCUCAGCAUCGGAAAAUAAGAGUGUGGUCUUGGCCAGUACAGCAAUUCAGCUUCUUGAUGACAGGAAGUCUCCUAUUGUUGCUGCUGUGGGAAUCCAAAUGAAGCUGGAAUACUUUCAAAGGAAGUUCUGGACUGCCUGCAGACAGUGUACAGCUCUGGACGGGAGGUGCAGCAUUAGCUGUGAGAGUGGGGACAUCAACUGCUACCUUAUUGACAAUAACGGCUUCAUUCUUGUGACGGAGGAAAUUUCCCAGACAGGGCUGUUUUUUGGUGAGGUUGAAGGUGCCGUCAUGAACAAAUUACUCCAAAUGGGUUCAUUCAAGAGGAUCACCUUAUAUGACUACCAGGCACACUGUAGAGACUAUGCAGGCAGCAGCGACUGCGCGCGCACUUUAUUAAAUCCCUUCUCGGUUGUAAAGUGGAUUUUGACUGAGGUCAUCAUUUUUCUGCUGGAGUUCAACUUCUACAGCUGGUGGAACGUUGGUCUGUCAGUGAAAGCCCAAAGGCCUCAGGGUAAGACCAAGAUGGUUCCAUGCGACACAGAGUACCCUGCCUUCGUCUCUGAGCGCACCAUCAAGGAGACGACCGGAAACAUAGACUGUGAGGGCUGUUUCAGAUCAUUUGUAAUACAACAGAUUCCCAGCAGCAAUCUCUUCAUGGUCGUCGUAGAGAACAAGUGUGACUGCAGCUCUGCACCUCCAGUCACCAUAGAUCCUAUAGAGAUCAUGUACAAUGAGUCACUGAAAUGUGACAGACUGAAGUUUCAGAAGGACAGGAAAAAGCCAGAAUCUUGUCAUCCUUUUCACCCAGAGGAAAACGCCAUGGAGUGUGGAUCGGCAACAGGCCUCUCUAGCACUCUGACCGCAGCCCUGUUCCCCCUGCUGACCUCACUCAUCAGCAGGUGACUAAAGCCUUGCCAGCUCUUCUGGGACCCAGGAGUGGACCUCAGCAGCCCCAACUAAGCAGACCACAUCUCAUUCACAGACCAAACCAAGCUUGUAACACAUGAGUAUAUAUAGAAUAUGGCCCAUCCAAAUGGAAUUCGUUCACAGCGCCUUACCAAAGGGAAUUUCACUGAGAAGAAGAAGAACUCUGCUUCUUUGUCACCACAAGAUUAAUUUAUAUUUAUGGAGUGGAAGGGUUUGCCGCAGCUUAGAUACGUAAAUGAAAAUUCAUUGUGGUUGAUAGCAGACAUCUUGCUUUUGUCUCACUGUACGUAGACGAUGGCCACAAGCAAACAGGUUGAGUUUGGAAGGAGAAACUUAAACGUCCAUACAUGCUUCUCUGGUUUAUUGUGAUUAAAAGUAUUUGAUGUAUGAAUGCAGGCAGAUUCCCCAUUAUACCUUUGGUAAAUAUAUCAAAAUACAAAAUACAUAUGGCAACACUCGAUAGCUAAAUUCUUGAAAAUAUUCCACAGAUUGCUGCUAAAACAAAGUAAUGUUCUUUUUCUUCACGUUCCCUCUUUGUAAAUGUAAAGACAUAUAAUUCAAGCUAAAUAUGCAUGUCAACUAAAUACAAUUUAUAAGAAUGUUACACUGGCCAUAAUAAAGAAGCCAUAUUUAUCAUGUUGACACAAAAAAGAACUGAAUAAACACAAAGACAUAUUUUUCACCAUUCAA